UCUAUCCCCAUCUCUAUCCCCAUCGGCAGUGUACAAGAGUGGCGUCUUGUUGGCGUGCCUUCUCCAUUGCUUUCCCCUAAGCCAUACAAGAGCCUGCCGUCAACCGGAACAGUUCGUGACACCACGUACAUUUGUUCUGGAUAGUGAGGCGCUCUCGCAGCACUACUACGCCGAGCCCUGAAGCAUUUAUUCGACUUUGCCUGAUCUUUUAUUCGUCAUAUCUUUCUUCUCUUUCAUCUCAUUUAAUCAUCAAUUUUUAUCACAUAUCGCUUUUCACACAAUAUGCCUCCUCAAGACCCAGCGCCCCCAUACACCGUCUCCGUCGAAGGAAACUCCGAGUCUAGCCGAGAGAAUGCUGAAGUAAGUGAUUCCGGCUUUUACACCGAUAAUUUCACCCACGAUCGCCCACCGUAUCUAAACCACGACAACAUCUCCUCUUUGCAACCUUACGGCUCUCUCACUCAGUAUAUGGAGCGGCCCCGCAGCGUCGAAUACCCCGACCCUUUUGAGCUCGAUGCCUACCUCAACGCCAGGCACGUGACUACCACCGGUGCGCACUACGCUCACCGGCGCUACACGCCCUCGUCCACGACCAACAGCACGGUCAGGGGACGGGACCCUUACACCCAACGACCUGAACUCUCAUACGUACUAAGUUAUGACAACUACUACAAUAACGCCACGGCCGCGGAGCAACACAUGCCGCAGCUGACGGAGCAGAACAUCGCGCACGUCAACUCGACAGCGCCCUACGACGGCAACAUCCACAACUGGCUGCCUGGGGCGGGGGGUCGGACUUACCAGAACCAGUACCAGCCCUACAACCCCUACCACUCCGGCGAGAACAGCCACCACUACUACCACGACGACAAUUGGAGCACACGGAACCAAGUGCUAGCAGCAGCGGCGGCAACGGGUAGCAGCCGCGCCGCGCUCUCGACUAGCCUGUCGUCGUCGUCGUCAUGGUCCAUGGUUCCCCCAUCCCAGGACGAGCAGCGUACCGCGGAGCUCCUCCGCGAUGUGGGCCACUGGUCCGACAUCCCCGCUGAUCCUAAUACCACGCUGGCGAGCCUGCGGGAUGAGGAUAUGUGGGGCACUGGGGCCUUUGAUCCGGGACAAUGAUGAGGACGUGCGUGAUACUUUGAUGUAUGAUGCGAGACAAGGAUGAGAUGAGGGUGAUGGAUGAUGUAGCCCGGUAAACCGGCAGGAACUGCCGAGUAGGAAUAAAGGGGGAGGGGGGGUGUAAACAAGACUUAUACCGGCGC